CCUCCCCUCCGUCCACACGUACACAGACGAUCUUCGUCAGGCACGCGGAGCAUGCGCCCGCGGGCUCGUGGAAGGGCCGGAGCACGAGCCCAGUGACGUCACGGGCUCCGGUCAGAGCGCGCGGGGCUCCGGUGCGUGUGACGCGUGUCUCCGGUGCUGCUGCUCGUUUCCUCCCCGCAGACCGCGAGGAGUCCCGCAGUGUGGAGACAACAUGUCGGCCUCCCGGAGACAGGCGUGUUUCCUGUGCGACCUGCCCCGGAUGCCCUGGGCCCUGAUCUGGGACUUCACCGAGCCCGUGUGCCGCGGAUGCGUCAACUACGAGGGCGCGGACCGGGUCGAGUUCGUCAUCGACACCGCCCGGCAGCUGAAGCGGGCUCACGGGCUCCCGGACGGCCGCUCCCCGGGUCCGGGGAAGCUCCAGCACGCCGGGAAGGACAUGAACCACUUGGCCGGAGACUCCUGCUCCCGUCCCCCGCAGCCUCUGGACCGCUACCCGCUGUCCGACCGGCCUCCCCGGCUGGGACCGGAGUACCAGGCGGGCAGGCCGGCGAACGGCCUCCCGGUGCCGAACGGGUUUCCCAAACCAGACGAGCCUCCGGAACUGAACCGUCAAAGCCCGAACCCCCGCCGGUCCAGCACGCUUCCUCCCAGCCUGGUGCCUCUGGUGAACGGAGCCAUUCCCACCGGCCACCCGCUCACCGGCCGCCCGGCUCACAUGGCUCUGCCCGGGGCUCCGGUGGCGCAGGGCCCCGGGGAGCACGGGAAGCGCCUGGAGGAGCUGAAAGACAAACCCCGGCCCGACAUGUCCGACACGACGGACAAGGAGUGGACGGGUAAAGGGAGAACCGUGCGGGACCUGAUGGCGCUACACACGUUCGAGAGCCGGCUGAAGAAGGAGCAGGCCGCCAUGCAGAGGCUGAUGGGACAUGAACCCGGGGCCGGAAAGACAGACAGGGGGAAGCACCCUCGGAGCAUGAAGAGGAAGGCGUCCCCAGAGCCGGACGGUGAAGGCGGCGCCCUCAAGAUGACCGGCGGCGAGUCGUGGCUCCCGUCGCACUCUGAGGUCCUGAAGAUGCCCCCGGGGUUCUCAUCCGCCCCCCCCUCCACCAUCUCCCCGCACUCCCGCACCACACCCCCCGAGGCUGCCACAGCGCAGAACGGUCAGUCCCCCAUGGCGGCGCUCAUCCUCGCCACUGACAACGCAGGAGGCACAGGCUCACCCAAGGACGCCAACCAGGUACACUCCACUACGGCGAGCGUACGGCGGAACAGCUGCAGCCCCCUGUCACCGUCCUCUCAGAGGAGACUCGCCCAGAGGGAGGGGCCUGUGAGCGCCAACCCUUCUGCUCCACACGGCCCUGGUAGCAUGGAGCCCCACGCACUGCCGGCGCAGAGCCUUCCGGACUCUUCGGUGGCGCCCGGCAGCGUGCCGCUAUGCUGCACCCUGUGCCACGAGCGGCUAGAGGACACCCACUUUGUCCAGUGUCCGUCGGUGCCCUCGCACAAGUUCUGCUUCCCCUGCUCCCGGGAGAGCAUCAAGCAGCAGGGCGCCACCGGCGAGGUGUACUGCCCCAGCGGCGAGCGGUGCCCGCUGGUCGGCUCCAAUGUAGCCUGGGCCUUCAUGCAGGGGGAAAUAGCCACCAUCUUGGCCGGGGACAUAAAAGUAAAAAAGGAGAGGGACCCUUAAAAUGUUCACCAGCUGAUUUCCUUGAACUUUUCCGUUUUUAUAAUCUCACUACGGCAACAACAGCAGGACAUGAAUCCUCCAGCUCUGCAGACGGACAUGUACAUAUUGGACAAAGGGAGGCGUGUACUUCGUAAACAUGGCUGUGUCAUUUUUAGAGUUUUCUUUUUCAAUACGUUGUGUUUCUAUAUUUUUGAAGAUGAAGGUAUGAACUCGUCGUUACACUCGACCAUCACACGUGUUUUCAGUCUGUUGUUACAUCUGGAGACAGUCGGACACAAUGUGACCAAUCUGAGCACUUGGCAAAACAUGAAUAAAGAAGAAAGAAAAAUG